AUGCCCGCGAAGCAGCUCCCCACCGUGGGACAGAUCCUCAACGAGGCGCAGAUCUCGCUGACCGUCCAUCGCAAGCUCGUCAAGCAGAUGACCAGCGUGCGACACGCGACGCCGGACACGUUCCUCCCGGAGCUAUGCAACUGCAUUCUUCCCGUGCUCCUCGAGUACAAGAGGGACCUCUGCGCCGAGCGCGUGGUCCGAUUCCUCGUCCAUUUCACCGCGUCGAGAUCCCCCGGCACCGAGGACGAGGCCGACGAGUUUUGCGAGAACUUCCUCGGGUUCCUCCUCAACCUCGCCACCGCCAAGGACAGGGCCAUCAGGUUCCGCGUGUGCCAGCUCGUCGCGGGUGUCCUGAACGCCCUCGGCGUCGAGGCUGAGAUCUCCGACGACCUCUACGAGCGCAUGGAGGAGGUGAUGCUCGAUCGCCUGCGGGAUAAGGUUCCCGUGGUUCGCGCGCAGGCUGCGAGGGCGCUGAGCCGACUCCAGGAUGGCGGCGAGGACGGUAACUUCAGCGACGACGUCAUCACCACCUCGUUUAUCACCCUGCUCGGCGCCGAGAAGAACAAGGACGUGCGCAAGUCCAUCCUCGGCUCCCUCGCCAUCUCCGACUUUACCAUCCCCCACGUCGUCGAGAGAACGAGGGACGCGUCUGAGGAUGUGCGCCGCGUCGCCUUUCUCGCCCUCACCUCCAAGGUGCCCGUCGCGUCCGUCUCCAUCGCCCUGCGCGCCGCCGCCGUCCGCCGCGGCCUCACCGAGCGCUCCGACGCCGUCCGGGGAGCCGCCAUCGACAUGCUCAAGCGGUGGCUCGACGCCUUUGAAGGGGAUGUCCUCGCGCUCGUCGCCGCCCUCGACGCCGAAUCCAACGAAGACGUAGCCGCGUCGGCGGUUCGCGCCCUGAUUGAGUGCGGCCGCGUCAAGCUCAACGACGUGGCGCAGUCCGUCCCCGACGGCGUCGCCGCCGGCGGUGGCUUACGCCGUACAUCGGACGCGGAACUGAUGUCCCCGGAGGCUGCGGUGUACUGGCGCGUGGUGUGCGAGGAGCUGCACGCGGCGGCGAGCACGUCGGGGGCGACGGCGGCGUCCGCCGUGGGCCAGCGCCAGGUUGUCUCCGCGGCGGUGGCGGGGGAGAAGCUCGAGGCGUUAGAGGGGGUGCUCCCGGUCAACACCGGCGACCUGCUCGACCUCAUCUCCAAGCACGCGCGUGAGGGUGCCAAGUUUGUCGCCAGGCAGCUCCUCCCGCUCCUCGACCUGAUGGACAUGGCCGACGCGGCGGCGAGGAAGGGCACCGCCGCGCUGUGCGACGCCCAGCUCCGCGCCCCGCCCCAGGCUGCGGACGAGUGCCACCUCGACGUGUGCGGCGUGGUGUCCUCCUACGCCAAGGGUGGCGACGGUCGAUGGGAACGUUCGCUCGUGACGGUGAUGAAGGCGUGCCACAACUCCCCUUCCGACGCCGCCGCCGCGGUUUUCGCCUGCGCCGACGCGCUCAUCGAGGAUGUGGGCACCCCCGACGCCCACGCGCAGGCCCUCUUCCUCGCGUCCCUCGUGCUCGAGGAGUGCCCCAGGCACGUCGUGAACGGCGACGUGGUCGAGGCGCUGAUGGCGACCCUCGUUCGACCCGGCGUCACGUCCGCGUCCGCCGCCGUCCGCCGAGAGGCUGUGCGCUGCCUCGGACUCGUGGGUAUCGUCUUUGGGGUGCGCGACGACGGCGAGUGCGUCAGGGUGCUCCGCGCGGCGCUCUGCGGUGACUGCCCCGCGGUCCGCGCCGUCGCUGCCCGCGCGCUCGGCGACCUCUCGCUCCUCUACGGCGUCCAGGCGCUCGAUGCGCAUAACCCGUCGCGGGAUGAAUGCGAACCAGCGCAGGCGGCGCUCGCGGCGCCCCUCGAGACGGCGCUCCUGGACGCCGUCGACGAGGAGUACGGCGACGCCGCCGUCGCCGAGAAGGGCACCGAAGACGAGGAAGCGGUCGACGAGGCUGACAUGCUCACCGGCGGCGCGGCCGCGGCUGAGGCUGAGCGCGACGCGUCCGUGGCAACCGCCGCGGGUGAGGCGUUGGCAAAGUUGAUCCUCCGCCGCGGCGCGCGGGCGGUUGCCGACCCGGCGGCGGUGGUGGCCAGGCUCGUGCGAUGCUACUUCAACGUGGACGCGCGUAGGCGCCCCAGGAUGGCGCAGUGUCUCGCCGUGUUCUUCCCCGCGAUCGCCUCCGCGCCCGCCGAUCGCCGCGCCCUGGUGGCGGAGUCGUCCCUUUUCGCGCUGAGGACCAGCGCCAAGGAUAAGGGCGUCGCCAAGGUUGCGUCCUACCUCGCGCACCUCCUCGCGUGCAACACCCAGGAGGUGGAGGAGAAGGAGGAGAAGGACGGCGUCAUUCAGACCACCACCAAGUCCGUCGUGGCACCCGCGGUGGGCGGCGCGGCGCUCGUCGCCGAGCUCGCCAAGGAGGCGCUCGCCGUCACCUUCAGGCCCGCGCCCACCGCGGCGGCUGAGAAGCAGCUCACCAAAGCGUACGUCGCGGCCCUCGCCAAGCUCGCCGCCGCCGUGCCCCUGGCGCCCAUCUCGGUGCUCGAGGACGUGCAGCAGCGCGCCGCCGCGCGUGAGGUGCUCGCCGCCGGCGCCGAGGCUGCGGCGCAGUGCGCGGGUCGCGUGGCGGAUCAGAAGCCCGCGGUGAAGGACCUCACCGCCGCCGUCGAGUCCAUGUGCGAGGCGAUGGGUGAGGAUCCCGAGGAUGAGGACGGCGUGGCGGUCGUCGACGAGGAGGAGAUCAACAGGCGCGUGAUGGAGGAGUGUGUGGCUCUCGCGGCGGGCGACGACGUGCCCUUGCCCUUCAAGCAGAGGGUCGUCAAGCAGCACACGGGUCUCAGCGUGAAGGAGAUCAAGGAGAGGAAGGCGGCGAGGGAGGCGAGCCCGGAGCUCGACGAUGACGCCACCCCGGAGAAGCCCGCCCGCGCCAAGACCGCCCGCGCCACCAAAUCCCGAGCCGCGCUCAAGGAGAACGUCGUGGCGUGA